AUGUGGUGCAAAAGAAGAAACAGCCCGAGCAAGAUGGCCGCUGCCGCCCCAGAGCACAAGAACAGGCGCCGCCUGGCUCCCAGCCACCAGGUCCCUGCCCGCCACUCUGGACCGCUGCUCCCCGGGCCUCUGCUCCGAGAGGGCUGCACCCCCGGGAAGCAGCUCCAGCACCUGGCUCACCACCAAGGCGCUCCCUGGGCACUGCCGACGGCACUGCCCUCAGAAAACAGCUGGGCACGCGCGUGCCCUGUGGCGCCGAACUCCGAGGCCAGGGGUCUGCGGGAGCGAUCCGGUUCUGCCCUUACUGAUUGGGGUUGUCGCUCAGACGGCUCCCCAGCAUCUCCUUGCUCGGAAGCUGGGCCCGAUGGCUCUGGCAAGGAGGGCCGCGGGCCUCCGUACCAAAACGACUGGCACCAGGCCCCGGUGCGCUCCCCCCACCCGGGCCGCACGCACCACCCUCAUUCCUCAGCACCGGGGAGAGGUGAGCAGAGCAGCCACCAGUGGCCGCCCUCCACAUCCGGCCAGCGCAGUGGCCGGGGCGCCGGUUCUCCCCUCGGAGGCUGCCCGGGUGGGUCUCGGCCGUCAGCCGUGCAUGCGAGGCCCUCGGCUUGCCCUGCGGGCACACGAGUGCCCGCCACCUUCGGGGCCAUCCCUGCAGCAGCUCUGCAGCGCUGCCACGUGGUCCACGCCCUUGAUGUUCAUCGGGCGUCGAGACUCCAGACCUGCCCUCGGGGCAGCCCACUGCCCGGCAGGGACACCGGCACCCUCUGGUCAAGCCAGCCGGUCACCCGUGCGUGCGAUGCACGGAGGCCGCGAAGGAGAAGGGCAGGUUGCUUCUCUGUAAGGCCACCCUCUGAGCGGUCGUGGUGCGUUCACACCACCCGUCCUCCGGCCCCUUUGCUCUCCUCCUCCCAACAGCUCUCCCCUGCCCUCCAGGGACCUUCCGUGCUGGGCCUGGCUGGGAUCUUUUCAGUCCAGAGAGCCAUAAGAAUUGAGGGGGUGGCUGAGAGCCACUCCCCAAACUUCCUGGGGACAGGAAGGGGCCGGGCUUCCAGCCACGUGAAUGCUUGUACAGGCUUCCCGAUACCUCACUCUGCACGGGCCCAAAGCCUGUAUGUGUGAAUGUACAGAUGACCACUCUGGGCGAUGGUUGCGAGUCAGGAGCUGGCUUCUUCAGAGCUGCCUUGAAAGCCUGCGAGGAAGAGCUCAGACGAACUGAUGAAGGCCUCGUCCAGGCGUGGAACCAGCCAUGGGAAGGCCCCCUGCCCCACGUGCCUCAGCCAGGCAACCCUGGAGGUGGGCAGCUGAGCACCCCUCUGGGAGCCUCUGUGGAUGUCCGUUUCUGUCGGUGCUGGUGGCUGCACCCUCUCCUCUCCCAGCAGCUUUCUUGGAACUUUUGGUAGUCACCUGACUGGCUCCAUAUGUGCGGAACGUUACUCGCAGCUGUGGUACAGCAAAUCUUUUCCUGGGAUUAGCGUGCAGCUCACAGGAUCACAUCCUGAACUAUGGAACCCCUCAUACACAAAGAUGCUAAAGUGUGGGAACAUUUGCACAUUUGGGAGAAGGCUUGCCCUGGAAGUGCCACCCAGGGAAUGCCUUCCGUGGCUCCGAACGAGCCACACAAAUGAAUUCAGGGGGGAACUGCUUGUCCUUACAGGAGGGGCCCCGCCUUCUGUUGCCCAUUUGCUGAAGGAGUUCCACAUUUUUAAUAGCAUCCCACCAAUAAAACUGCUCCAUCUGUGACUCCAA